UACAAAUAUAGUAGUCCGCGGAGCAUUUUUUUUAUUGCGUGGUCGACACUUCAGACUGAUUCAAGGGAAUCUCGUGGUUGUUAAAGUUAACCGCUUCAUUAUUAACCUGCAGCUCUUUGUAACUUGGAAACUCGGGAGGAGAAUCCAAACAUCUCCCACCGUUACUUAGCUACUCGUCGGCUCGAGUAAGCAACCCCGAAGAAACUUUUCUUCAACUUUUCAGCAACACAAAGUGAAGGCAGCGGCGGGGAGGGGGGGGAGCAAGGUCGGAGCUCUUAUCUCACAGCCUGUCCAGUUAGAGAUUAAUAUUUCAACGGUGUAGGAAAACUAGUUUAACGCAAGGAAAUAAACGUCUCCAUUCAUCCUCAAGUGUCUCACGCGCAGCUUUGUGUUGGUAGCACCUGCAAUCAUGACACGAAGACCGUGCGCGAUGUAUGCGGUCGGGAUCACCUGCGCUGUCCUGCUGGUCGUUGGGAUUGGUUUAGUUGUGGCUCAAGUUUUCCGCACGUUAAUCCACAACCGCCUCAAAAAGGAGAUUGUUUUGGUAGAGGGAAGCCGUGUGUUUGAGUCAUGGAAAACCCCUCCCCCUCCUGUCUACAUGGAGUUUUUCUUCUUCAAUGUGACCAAUGUGAAAGAGUUCUUAGAAGGAGCCAAGCCAGAGGUCAAGCAGGUUGGACCCUACACAUACAGGGAGUACAGGUAUAAGGACAAUGUGAGCAUGUUGGAAAAUAAUACGAAGGUGUCUGCAUACAACACCAAAAGCUUUGUGUUCCUGAGAGAGAAGUCUGUGGGUGACCCAGCUGUGGAUAACAUCACCACUGUCAACAUCCCUGCUUGGGCUGUAAUGACCAAGGUGAAAGGGAGUUUCUGGAAGUCGUCCAUGGUAUCCAUCUGGAUGAACUCUUUUGGUAGUGGUCUCUUCACUACUCGCACUGUGGAUGAAUUGCUGUGGGGAUAUGAAGAUCCCUUGCUGGCCCGUGUCGCUUCCUCCAAUCCUGAGGUGGAAACGGUCUUUGGCCUCAUGUACAAGAAAAAUGGAAGUAACGAUGGAGAAUUUGUCUACCACACUGGGGAGCAGAACUAUAUGGAUUAUGGCCGCGUCGAAACAUGGAAAGGCCAAAGCCAGCUGACCUUCUGGACAUCUAACCAAAGCAACAGCAUCAAUGGAUCAGAUGGAAGUGCUUUCCAUCCUCUGCUGAACAAGAAUGAACGCAUUUACAUCUUCACUCCAGACCUCUGCAGGUCGAUCUACAUGGAGUUUGAGAAAGAUGUAGCGGUGAAAGGAAUCCCAGCCUACCGUUUCACACCACCACGCUCUGUUUUAGCCAGCAAAGAGGAGAACCCGGCGAAUGAGGGUUUCUGUGUCCGCCCAGAAGAGUGCCUGGGAACUGGCCUUCUUAAAGUCAGUCCCUGUCGGAGAGGUGCCCCAGUGGUCGCCUCCUUUCCUCAUUUCUACCUGGCAGAUUCUAAAUAUGUGGCUGCCAUUGAAGGAUUGUCCCCUCAAAGAAAGCAUCACCAAACAUUCCUAGACCUUAACCCGACCACUGGAGUGAUUGUACGUGCAAACAAGAGAGCACAGGUAAACGUCUUGCUCAGCAGAAUUCCUGGAUUCCCGAAAACUAGAGGGCUGAAUGACACAAUCUUUCCCGUUAUGUUCCUUAAUGAGAGUGUGGUGAUUGAUGAUGCAUCUGCAGCAAGAGUACACAAGCUGCUGCUGAUUGUCACUGUAGUGUCUAACUUCCCGCUUAUUAUUGUGGGACUGGGUGGCAUUAUGCUCUUAGUCCUCAUCAUCCUUCUGGUCCAGGCCCGCAAACAGAAGAAUGAAGUUAAGCACAUUGUGUUUACCAAGGCUCUCUAUGCUACCUCCACUGAAGAGGACACUUCUUACUCUCCAGUCAGUGACAAGGAAAAGGAAGACCCUCAAAAUGGAACCUAUAUUGGUUUGACACCUAAAGUUGACCCACAAGCUUGAGGAGGGAGGGGCGGGGUAGAAGGGGGCUUUGUACAUCAACAACCCUCAGAAUUACAAAUAGGGAUUUGGGUUUUCAGGAGAUAAACAAAUCCAUCAUAGAAAAUUGUCAAUAUCACCUUUGUAAUUGGAAAUCUCAGGGGUGGGGGGUUUAGAGGAAGAGGAGGGGAACAUGCUUUUACUCUCAGUCUCAUGUCAUUUGCUGAUAAUGUAAAAUGUAAAAUUAUUGACCACAGUGAGUAGAGAUGGAGAGCACACUUUGAAGUGGUCCUAAACAAACAAAACAGGUGUGGGAUCAAAUUGAUUUUAGGGAUGUGGCCUCAACUAAUUCUCUGUGCCUAGAUUAGAUUCUUGUCUUCAGAUUUUAGCUACUGACUACUAUGUAACAGGGCAUAGAGGGUGAUUUGGGACCAGGGUAAUGAAGUCCACAAACUGUGAGUUUUUAGAUUUUAUAAGUCACUCUCAGGGGGGCUUUGCUUAGAUACUAUCAAACACUAUUAAAGCAGUAGAGAGGAGCAACACAUACACAGAAAGAAUUCUCUUUGUGAAGACACUUAAAUCAAUUCAGUAUUACUAUGUUUCAUUUGCAUUUCAUUCUAAACUAAAUGUUACAGAAUAUUUUAAUGGCUAAUUAUUAUUUUCUAUUCAUUCUCUGUAUUUAGAGGAAUACCUGUGCACAUCAUUAUCACCAUACCUGAAAAACCUUCAGUGUAUGGCAUAUCUUUUGCAUAUAUACAGUGUGAGAUGUGUUAACCUGCUUACAUUCCUCUCAGUGUAUGAUGGGAAUGAAUAUCAGACAAAACGCUGUAUAUAUUGGAUACUAUAUUUUUUGUUUUCUCAUUUUUUGUAAAUGUUCCUGUAGAAAUGUUUGAAUGAGGAACAUCUUAAGUUCGAGCUUCAGAAAUGUCUCCAAGUGCCAUAAUCAGUUACACUUUUAUCAGCCAUCUAAAGCCCUGAAUAUGACAGGAUUUUGUGGUUGAAACAAUGAUUCAUAGACUACUGAAUUUAUGUGUUGACAGUAUUUUUGCCCUGUAUAACUGCUUAUACUAUCUGAUUAUACUAUCUAACAUGGCCAUAUCGUAAUUCAGCUUACUAUCAUUUCAAAAUGAAAUGUGUUUUUUAUGUUUUUGUUAAAGGCCUUACCAGCAUUGUUGGUGCUGAAUAUGACACCCAACAAAUCUUUUUCUUUUUUUUUUCAAUGUAUGUGAAGGAGAAUUCAUGUCAGGUUUCCAGCCAUUGCAACUCAAAACUAAUGAGGGUUCAAUAUGAAGAAACACUGUACUUGUGCUUUUAAAGGAAUCAGUGUUACUGGGUUUAUUUAGCCUUUUAUAGUUUUCACAUUUUUUGUGAAAAGAAUGCCAUGUUGUACCAACAAAUCUACUCUCAAGUGCAUAUUGUUUUCUCGCAGAUACCAAACAAAACUGAGCAUGAAACUGUUUUUAUAGUUUUUGUAUAGCCGGCAGGGUCAAACUGCACUUUGAAAAAGCUAUGCUUGAAUGAUAGAUUGUUGUACAGGGCGACAGCUUUCUCACUCAAGGCUGGUGGAAAUAUUAGAUUUCAGGUGCCAUUUAAUGUAAUAUUGAAAAUGCUGCAGAAUGACUUCAUUUGUGAUGAGCCCAGCUUUUAUUACUGCUAUUAUUCUAGUUCUUAGUAACAUUUUAAGGAUGAAUGAGUUGCUUCAUUUCACCUCGUCAUUACAUGCACUCUAAUAAUCAGCAAUGGAUAUAUCAGACAAUAGUGGAGAAGCUGUAACAUGUUUCAUUUAGAGCUUUUUGUUUCCUUAUUUGAUUUUACUUUUUGCGUUUGAUUGACUUUAAUUCAAUUAUGUACAAUGAGAAAACCAAAUGAAAAUAGAAAAAAAUCAUGCAGAAUCCAUAAUGUAGUGUCAUACAUUCAUGAGAGGGUGAAUGAAUGGAUAAGUCAAUCAUUUUUUUAUGCAAAAAACACAGUAUUACACAAUAUUGGUGUGGUUGAAGAGGAUAAAUUAUUUUGUUACAUUGGUAAAACCAAAACUCAGAAAGCACUAUAUGGACUCUAUACUGGGCUACUUUGUACCACACUUUGAUCACAGAUUGUGUUUAUGAAAUUAUCGUUACUGCUAUAACCACAUAUUCUUCUACUUGUCAACUUGUUUUGAAAUGUUGACUGUUAAUACUGUUUUUACUGUGUACACAAAAAUAAAAGUAGUUUCAGUAAA